AUGCGAAUUCCGACAGUCAGUACCAACGGAACAAUGUGUCUUUUCGUGCUUGUCAACUGCGUUUUUGGUGCUUUUGUUGGCGCAUCUCUUCUUCAUGACCAACCGAAACGUGUCUAUGAGGAGUCUGUGAACGAGCUGGGACGAAGGAUGAAAAUGCAAAGUGGAAUGGUUGCUCAAAUUGGACUCAAACGAAGCAAUCCGGCACAAACCAGCGACCCGAUUGAGUGCAAAUAA